UAUUUUUACAUUUUCCAGUUGCGCGGGAUUUUGAAAUACUACUGGAAGAGCAAGCGCCACUGGAAUCCUACAUCGAAUGGCUUGACGGAAUGAUAGAACAAUGUGUUUCUAAGAAAUGCAAACAACAAGGCGAUGGUACUCCUCGGGUAGCAAGACAGUUCCUGUUGAUGUGGAGUUGUGUUGGGACACGAGUGAUACGGGACAUGACUCUGCAUAGUGCACCAAGCUUUGGUUCAUUUCACCUGUUACAUCUCAUGUUUGAUGAGUAUGUACUCUAUAUGGUUGAAAAUAUACACAACCAUGACAAGGCAAACGACUUACUGCGUGCAGUCAAAGGAGAAAUAGCAAUGGAUUUUUUAGAUGAACUUCUGCUAUCUGUACAAUACCCUUGCAAAAGCAGUAUUUUGACCGACUCGAUGGAUACACAAAGAACAACUGUUAUACGGGGACCUGAAUUACCAUACCAAAAUGGCGAAAUCGAAGAAAGUUCCGGAUACUACUCUCAAAACGAAUCAGUAUGUUUUCAACAGCCAGUUAUGUGUACCAGUCAAAGAAUGAUAUGUUCCUCUGGACAAUCAUUGAACCAACCACCUCCAUUCGAAAAUGCGUUCCCAACGACAUGCCGUCAUAGAACGAACUCUUUUUACGGCAUUUAUUCCUCACAAGUACCGGAUGUUGUUUCGUCAAAUAAUACUGCAGUAAACUCAUACGCCUGCAAUGAUUGGUCAACAACAGGACAAAUGGGGUCAUCGGGAUUAACAAACAUGGCGGGCAGUAAGACUUUUUCUGACAAAAAUAAUUCAUUGAAUCCUGGAAAUGCUAUGGAAAUACAAACUGUUCAGCUACAGGCGGAACCUCGUCAAAACACGAGUCAUUAUUACGGAGGAUUUUGCGGCGAUCAGACAAGUUUUAAGAGAUGUUCAAAUGGACACCAUUCCUUUAGUAAGAAAUGUUCGGAAGAUAUUCCAAAUAGAACUGUCAGACCGAACAUGUCUGACAUGUACUACCAUCACGUGACAAAUCUUCUUUGACGUUAUUAAUACUACAAUAUACAGAUAUAUAAAAUGCAGUCAUUUAUAACUUUGGAUAGAAAUAAUUAUCGAAAUAUUUUUUGUUAUCCAGAAUGUCUCUUUUUUUCAUAAUACCGUAUCUAUAUUGAUAUAUGUACUUUAUUUUAGAGUUGAAAUGAUCUUUAUAGGUUUCUCCAAAUAAAAGGGCCAAUCGCCCGAUAACAAAGAUUUUUAGCUCGACUAUUCAUAGAAUAGUAGAGCUAUUGGACUUGCCCAUGCGUCGGCGUCCGCGUCCGCGUCCCAAUUUGGUUAAGUUUUUGUAUGUAAGCUGGUAUCU